AUGACAGUCCCCACGCCGCUUCAAGGACAGGCAGAGCUGCCCAGUGUCGAGAGCACAAGGUCAUACUGGCAUCAGCAGCCAUCGGACAAGUUGCUGGGCCAUCGGACCACGGAAGACCUCCCCGCCACGGCUGACGUGGUUGUCGUCGGCAGCGGCAUCACGGGUGCGUUUGCGGCGAGGGAGCUGGUCAAAGGUGGAAAGAAGGUGGUACUUCUUGAGGCGAGGGAGGCGUGCUGGGGAGCUACAGGACGGAAUGGUGGCCACUGUCAGCCAUUCAUCUACGCUGCCAAACCACCCGUCUCCCGCUUCGAGCUGGGCACAUACAACUUCCUCCGCGACCUCGUCGCCGAGAAUAAGAUCCCCUGCGACUGGGAAACCACCGGGGGCGUUCACGUUCUCCCCUCAAAAUCGGUGCUCGACCUCGUGUCCAAGCAUCUCGAUCGUCUGAGGCGGGAGUUCCCUGAUCUCGCCGACCAGGCCAAGAUCGUCACCGAUAAUGAAGAGCUGCAGAAGCUGCGUGUUCCUCAGGCAUAUGCUGCUGUAUAUCAGCCUAAUGCUGCCAAGUUGUGGCCGUACAAGCUCGUUGCCUGGGUCUUUGAGCGUCUUCUCAGCGAGAACGACUCGAGCGUAUUCAACCUCCAGACAAAGACGCCAGUCCAACACCUGCAGCGCGUAGGAGAUUCAUGGACUCUGCACACGCCUCGCGGACAGAUCACAGCCAAGUCAGUGGUUCUGGCCACAAACGCCUACACCUCCCACCUCCUCCCUAAGCUCACGGGUCUGCUCGUCCCUGUCCGUGGACAAGUCUGCGCCCUGACUCCGCCUGGAGACAGCUCGCCUCUGCCGCACACUCACGUGUGGGAAACACCCACUGGUGGUGAUGACUAUCUCAUUCAACGGCCUUCGGGCGAGCUCAUACUCGGUGGUGAGAGGCUGGGUGUGCCGGAGAGGGAGGUUGGCGUGUCGCGAGACGAUUCCGUCGAUCCUGUUAUCGGCCAGCGACUACGAGCUGCUUUGCACGAAGCGGUCAAGCUCAAGGCGCCUGAAAAGACCGAGGAAGCUACUCUGGACGCCACGUAUGAGUGGACGGGCAUCAUGGGUUACUCGCGGGACGGGUACCCCUGGGUCGGUCAGGUGCCCGCAGCCCUCGGCGGCGAAGAUAGCGGACUAUGGAUAAGCGCUGGAUACACGGGCCACGGGAUGCCGGUAGCAGCAAGGUGUGCUGUCGCUGUGGCCCACGAGAUAUUGGGGGUCAAGGGUGGUGUUGAGCUCCCGGCUGAGUACCGUAUCCACGGAGGGAGGGCCGAUGCGGCGAGGGUCAUGGUGAUCCCGACGACGCUGGAGGAGGAGAUCAAAGCCGUCAUCGGUGAUCUUUGA